CAAUCUUGUUCACUCGUAUUGCGUGGAUAUACCAUACAAGGACACGAUGAUUUCACUGUUGCUGCAUUGUGUACAUCUCACAUGCAACGCAGCAGUUUCGAAGGAUGGCAUUCAGGCUAAUAUGAUUGGCGCGGCUCCAAUCGCAUGACUCACCCCUUGCCGACUGGAUGAUGGGAAGGAGCGACGCGACUAAUCUAUAACACUCACAAUCGCGUUGGAUUGUGUCACAGAAUUCUUCUCGCGAUCCACUUCCAUUUACUGGUACAAGCAUAGAUUCCCACCUCAACAUGUCUGCUCAGCUUGACGCCGCAUCAAUCGCCCGUCUUUCUUUACAUGACCCGAAGCAUUUUAAGAUCCAGCAUGCACAGACAAUUCAUCGCGUUGAGCUUUUGAAACAUUGGUCAACCAUCGAUGGGGCGAGAGUUCUCGAAUUAGGUUGCGGUCAAGGUGAUUGUACGGCUGUACUGGCAUCUGCUGUUGGUCAGCUCGGAAGUAUAGUGGCCGUCGACCCUGCCAGUUUGGAUUACGGAGCUCCAUACACACUUGGCCAAGCGCAAAACUACAUUUCCAAGAGCGAGCUGGGCGGGAAAAUCACUUGGGUCCAACAACCACCUCUUGACUAUCUCUCGUCGCUUCCUUCAACGUCCCUUGACGACAGUCACACUUUCGAUGCGACGGUGCUUGCUCACUGUUUGUGGUACUUUCAUUCACCCUCGCUCAUUCUCCAGACCUUCCGUGCACUCAAAAGACACAGCAAGCGUCUCUUGCUUGCCGAAUGGUCCUUGACAGCAACGAAUCCAUUAGCUCACCCACAUGUACUAGCAGCUCUCACGCAGGCAGCGCUCGAAUGUCGCAAAGCUGAGAGCCACUCAAAUGUCCGUACAGUACUGAGCCCAAAGCGAUUGACUGAAUUGGCCCAAGAGGCUGGGUGGCGACUCGAGAGAGAGGACCAGAUUGAAUCUGGAGAGGGGGUGUUGGAUGGCCAGUGGGAAGUAUCUGCUUGUCUCUCAUCCUCUUUUGGGAAGGAGAUUGAAGAGUGUGUCAACGACAGGAAGGAAAGAAGUGUUGUGCAAGCCUUACGCGAUGCGUGUGAGGCAAGCGUGGGUGGAGAGAAAGUUGGUCGGCAGAGUGUCAGAAGCAUGGACGUUUGGGUCGCAACUUUCGUCUGAUCAGGUGCGACUGAAGAACGUGCCAACCUUCUUGACUGCUUCUUUCUUGUUGAUGUCGAACGGAGGACUUGGCCGAGCGUAUGCUGAAGCUUCACAACGCAAGUGACUCCAGGGGGCGGACGACGAAUCGACAACGUGGGGCAACACCGGUACGAAAUUCCGCAGCUUCCAGGGAAGGUUUCCUCUUUCAGUUCAAGAUGUCCAAUCACAGCCCAGCAUGGUUCUCCCUGAAAAGCAUAUCUCACACCCCGCGGUAGACUAGUGCCUGAUGUGGUAAUUGGUGACUUGCCGCUUGUCUGCAUGUACAGGUACAAGAUCUUGUUUAAGCUCUAUGUCAACCGCGUAUUCGGUACGUGCACAGUGAAUGAGAUUCGACCCAUUGGAUACAUACCUGUACGUCUUCGAUCACUGUAUGGUAACAACUUCUUC